GAUCGCUUUAAAGAUCGGUCGUCGGUCAGCGCGAAAAUUUACAACACUCUUGGGCUCCCCCUUUUGUUGUUGUUGUGGUUUUUGUUUUGUAAUUCUCGGUUUCGUUUAUUGUGUUUUUUCCGUUUUUUUUUUUAAAUUUUUUUAUAUUUUUUUUUUGGAUAACGGCUCCCUUGCGCCGACAGAGCGGCAAUAUAAAAUUGAAGCGCAUACAAGCAGCAUUUAGUCGAAGUUUGAAGCUCAGGCCGCGAUACACUCUCUCCCACACACACAAACACACACCCACAAGUUCGCAAAUUGCACUCGCUCUCAAAGAGCCGGCAACUGGAAGAAGAAGAACUGGAAGAGCGCCUCAGCAUCCCGAACAACAACAAAAAAACGGUCAACCUGCUGAUAGACACAAAGAUGACGCAAGAAACUCAUCUGCUGGUGCUGCUCCUUAUGGCGGCGAUGGCAGCCAGUUCAGCCGCCGAGACGAUGCCCUCCAAUCUCACCCAGCUGGAAGUCAACGAGAUUCCCCAGCGAUAUGAUGAGGCGCAACUGUGGCGGAUCUACAACAUCUCGGAGGCGAUGCAACACCGAGUGCCCGUGGGUCAAAUGCUGGAGCAAAAGUUCGGCGGCAAUAUCUGGAAGGAGAACUCCAAAUUCCUGGACAUCUCCAUUGCCAGGGAUCAACUGAAGGCGGCGCGCAGCUUUCUGUCCGCCCAUCGCCUGGAUCCCCAGAUUUUGUCCGACAACAUUCAAUCAAUGAUCGAUGAGGAGCUGCUCGACGGCAUCCAGGGCAGUUCAUUCGCCCACGGCAAAAGAACGAAAAAGGCGGCCAGGAGCAGCAUGCACUGGAAGGACUACCAUGAUCUGGAGACCAUCUAUAGCUUUAUGCGGGAGAUCCGCACCAAGUUCCCCAACAUUGUGCGAUUGUACACCAUUGGCCAAACGGCCGAGGGUCGAGAUCUGAAAGUGCUCAGAAUCUCCGAGAAUCCCCGCGAGAACAAGAAGGUCUGGAUCGACGGCGGCAUCCACGCCCGCGAAUGGAUUAGUCCCGCCACGGUGACCUUCAUCCUGUACCAACUGAUGUCCAACUGGGAGAACCAGCCGGCGUACAUUCGCGGCCUGACCUGGUACAUUAUGCCGGUGAUGAAUCCCGAUGGCUACGAGUACAGUCGCACGACGAAUCGCCUGUGGCGCAAGAAUCGCUCUGCAUCGCGACGGGCUCAGUGCAACGGUGUCGAUCUCAACCGGAACUUUGAUAUCGGCUGGAAUGGCUAUGGUUCCUCGACGAAUCCCUGCAGUGACACCUAUCGCGGAUCCUCGCCAGCUUCGGAGCGGGAGACGCGAGCGGUGGCCGAGUUCCUGGCCAAGAGGAAAUACAAUCUCGAGUCGUACCUGACGUUCCACAGUUACGGACAGAUGAUCGUCUAUCCAUGGGCGUACAAGGCCGUCAAGGUGAAGGAUUCGAGUGUGCUGCAACGAGUGGCCAGCUUGGCUGCGGAGCGGAUUGUCCAGAAAACGAGCACGGCGUACAGGGCGGCGGUUACCCACGAGGUGCUGGGCAUCGCAGGCGGUGGCUCCGACGACUGGAGCCGUGCCGCUCUGGGCGUCAAAUAUGUGUACACCAUUGAGCUGCGGGAUCGUGGAACCUACGGAUUCGUCCUGCCGCCGCGCUUCAUCAAGGACACGGCGCUCGAGGGUUGGACAGUGGCGGAGACGGUGGCCCAGGCCAUUGGUCCCAGUUCGUCCGGUUGAAUUGAGCCGCCUAAUCUUCCCCGCAUCUCGGUGUAAUUUGUAAUCUCUGUCGCUUUCUCUUACACCCCCCACCUUGUGUGUUUGCGAACUGUGUGUGCAUGUGUGUCUGAAGGAUUAUUUAUGUUUGUUUGAGUGCUUGUUUUGGUGACUGAGAAUUAACGUGUGUUUGGGGUGGGCUGCUGUAUCCUUUGAAUCCUGUACGGCUUGAAAUAAACAAAUCUGCGCUAUUUAUUACUAUAAA